CCCAAGUCCCGUGGCGUCGGCGGGAGCCGCGCAGCGCGGGCCGGGCCGAGCCGGGGCAGGGACUGUGGGGUGCAGGCGGCCAUGCCCACCAACUUCACCGUGGUGCCCGUGGAGGCGCACGCCGACGGCGGCGGGGACGAGACUGCCGAGCGGACGGAGGCUCCGGGCACCCCCGAGGGCCCCGAGCCCGAGCGCCCCAGCCCGGGAGAUGGAAAUCCGAGAGAAAACAGCCCAUUCCUCAACAAUGUCGAGGUGGAACAAGAGAGCUUCUUUGAAGGAAAGAACAUGGCACUUUUCGAGGAGGAGAUGGACAGCAACCCCAUGGUGUCCUCGCUGCUCAACAAGCUGGCCAACUACACCAACCUGAGCCAGGGCGUGGUGGAGCACGAGGAGGACGAGGAGAGCCGGCGGCGCGAGGCCAAGGCUCCGCGCAUGGGCACCUUCAUCGGCGUCUACCUGCCGUGUCUGCAGAACAUCCUGGGCGUCAUCCUCUUCCUGCGCCUGACGUGGAUCGUGGGGGUGGCUGGUGUCCUGGAGUCCUUCCUCAUCGUGGCCAUGUGCUGCACCUGUACAAUGCUGACCGCCAUUUCCAUGAGUGCGAUCGCUACCAAUGGUGUGGUCCCAGCUGGCGGCUCCUACUACAUGAUAUCACGCUCGCUGGGACCGGAGUUCGGAGGCGCCGUCGGCCUCUGCUUCUACCUGGGCACGACGUUUGCAGGGGCCAUGUAUAUUUUGGGGACCAUCGAGAUUUUUCUGACGUACAUCUCCCCGGGUGCGGCCGUCUUCCAGGCAGAGGCUGCAGGGGGCGAGGCGGCCGCUAUGCUGCACAACAUGCGUGUGUACGGCACGUGCACGCUCGUGCUCAUGGCCCUGGUGGUCUUCGUGGGCGUCAAGUACGUCAACAAGCUGGCGCUGGUCUUCCUGGCCUGCGUCGUGCUGUCCAUCCUGGCCAUCUAUGCCGGCGUCAUCAAGUCUGCCUUCGACCCCCCGGACAUCCCGGUCUGCCUCCUGGGGAACCGCACGCUGUCACGGCGCAGCUUCGAUGCCUGCAUCAAGGCCUACGUCAUCCACAACAACUCAGCCACCUCUGCGCUCUGGGGCCUCUUCUGCAACGGCUCCCAGCCCAGCGCCACCUGUGACGAGUACUUCACCCAGAACAACGUCACCGAAAUCCAGGGCAUCCCGGGUGCGGCCAGUGGCGUCUUCCUGGAGAACCUGUGGAGUAUGUAUGCACACGCGGGGGCAUUUGUGGAGAAGAAAGGUGUGCCCUCGGUGCCUGUGGCAGAGGAGAGCCACGCCAGUGCGCUGCCCUAUGUCCUCACCGACAUCGCGGCCUCCUUCACCCUGCUGGUUGGCAUCUACUUCCCCUCAGUGACUGGUAUCAUGGCGGGUUCAAACCGGUCCGGGGACCUCAAGGAUGCGCAGAAGUCCAUCCCCACGGGGACCAUCCUGGCCAUAGUGACCACGUCUUUCAUCUAUCUCUCCUGCAUUGUGCUGUUUGGGGCCUGCAUCGAAGGCGUGGUCUUACGAGAUAAGUUCGGGGAGGCCCUGCAGGGGAACCUGGUCAUCGGCAUGCUGGCCUGGCCCUCCCCCUGGGUCAUCGUCAUCGGCUCCUUCUUCUCCACCUGUGGCGCCGGCCUGCAGAGCCUCACGGGGGCACCGCGCCUGCUACAGGCCAUUGCCCGUGACGGCAUCAUCCCCUUCCUGCAGGUGUUUGGCCACGGGAAGGCCAACGGGGAGCCCACGUGGGCGCUGCUGCUGACAGUCCUCAUCUGCGAGACUGGCAUCCUCAUCGCCUCCCUGGACAGCGUGGCCCCAAUCCUCUCCAUGUUCUUCCUCAUGUGCUACCUGUUCGUGAACCUGGCCUGCGCCGUGCAGACCCUGCUUCGUACCCCCAACUGGCGUCCACGCUUCAAGUUCUACCACUGGACCCUGUCCUUCCUGGGCAUGAGCCUGUGCCUGGCGCUGAUGUUCAUCUGCUCCUGGUACUAUGCGCUGUCCGCCAUGCUCAUCGCCGGCUGCAUCUACAAGUACAUUGAGUACCGUGGGGCCGAGAAGGAGUGGGGCGACGGCAUCCGCGGCCUGUCCCUGAACGCCGCUCGCUACGCCCUGCUGCGCGUGGAACACGGUCCCCCCCACACCAAGAACUGGAGGCCCCAGGUGCUGGUGAUGCUGAACCUGGAUGCGGAGCAGGCCGUGAAGCACCCCCGCCUGCUGUCCUUCACGUCGCAGCUGAAAGCCGGCAAGGGCCUGACCAUCGUGGGCUCGGUGCUGGAGGGGACGUACCUGGACAAGCAUAUGGAGGCUCAGCUGGCCGAGGAGAACAUACGCUCCCUAAUGAGUACAGAGAAGACCAAGGGCUUCUGCCAGCUGGUGGUCGCAUCCAGCCUGCGGGAUGGCAUGUCCCACCUGAUCCAGUCGGCCGGCCUGGGCGGCCUCAAGCACAACACGGUGCUCAUGGCCUGGCCUGCGUCCUGGAAGCAGGAGGACAACCCCUUCUCCUGGAAGAACUUUGUGGACACCGUCCGCGACACCACCGCCGCGCACCAGGCUCUGCUGGUAGCCAAGAACAUCGACUCGUUUCCGCAAAACCAGGAGCGCUUCGGCGGGGGCCACAUCGACGUGUGGUGGAUCGUGCACGACGGCGGCAUGCUCAUGCUGCUGCCCUUCCUGCUGCGCCAGCACAAGGUGUGGAGGAAGUGCCGGAUGCGCAUCUUCACGGUGGCCCAGGUGGACGACAACAGCAUCCAGAUGAAGAAGGACCUGCAGAUGUUCCUGUACCACCUGCGCAUCAGCGCCGAAGUGGAGGUGGUGGAGAUGGUUGAAAAUGACAUAUCUGCCUUCACCUACGAGAGGACACUAAUGAUGGAGCAGAGAUCGCAGAUGCUGAAGCAGAUGCAGCUGUCCAAGAACGAGCAGGAGCGAGAGGCCCAGCUGAUCCACGACAGGAACACCGCGUCCCACACCGCAGCGGCAGCCAGGACCCAAGCGCCGCCUACGCCAGACAAGGUGCAGAUGACCUGGACCAGGGAGAAGCUGAUCGCUGAGAAGUACAGGAACAGAGACACCAGCCUGUCCGGUUUCAAAGACCUCUUCAGCAUGAAGCCGGACCAGUCCAAUGUCAGGCGGAUGCACACAGCUGUGAAGCUCAAUGGCGUCGUCCUCAACAAGUCCCAGGACGCGCAGCUGGUCCUACUCAACAUGCCAGGUCCUCCCAAAAACCGGCAGGGAGACGAGAACUACAUGGAGUUUCUUGAGGUCCUGACCGAGGGGCUGAACAGAGUCCUCCUGGUCAGGGGUGGCGGCCGGGAGGUGAUCACCAUCUACUCCUAACGCCCAACAGCAUCACGGCACUCUGGGACAGGCACGGAGGAUGGCGUGGGCAGCCUGCUCCUGGGCUUGGCCCAGGGAAACAGACGGCAAACACACCUGUCCCCUAGUGAUGCCGCCCAACCUGCCCAUGGGGCUUCCUAUGGAAGUUUCUAGGCCCGUCACCUGGGGCUCUCCUCUUCAGCAGCCUUAAACAACAUGCUCAGCAAGUCAGGGCGUGGCUGGAGGAUUUCCUUGCAUCUGAGGGCAGACACUGCUGCAGGAGUGACCUGGACGUGGCCGGAUCUUCUCGCAGGUCACAAGAAGCCAGCGAGCCCUCGCCUUGGUUUCUGGAAGUUAUUUUCCUUGGCUGGACUUACCCAGUGGCUAGGUUGCAUUUCUACCCCAUCCAGAACAUUCUUGGAAGAGCACCCGGAGCUGAAGCUGUCCCUGAUGAUGAAGGUGAAAUGUCAGCCCUGGCCGUGGCUCCACUCAGGGCCCCGGUCACCUCAGAGUCACUCUGUUCCUUGACUGUUUUUGUGUUUCUGUACCUCAAGGCAGUGAAGCUGGAGGACUCUGUCCAUGCCUGUGUCACCCUCGUGUGGGAGCAUCUGGGCUCGGCAGGUCCACAUUUCACGAGCUGAGGCGUGGGCUGGGGCCAUCAGGAAAAGGGAACUCAGCUUUUCCAGAAUGUGGUGGAUCAUCUGUCAGGUGUGUGGUGAACACGGUAUGUUCGUCAGGGCCUAUGCUCUGGGAAGGAGCCGCCAGCUGUGGCUCUGCCAUGCUGGGCUGUGUUUGCAGCUGUCCAAGUCUCCAUCCGCCUUCAGAAAACCAGCCACUUCUUUUCAUAAGCACUGACAGGGCCCAGCCCACAGCCACCAGUGCGAUCAGUGCCUCACGCAGGCGAAUGCACUGAAACCCAGGGGCACACGCACGCAGAGUGAACAGUGAGUUCCCCCCACGGCCCACGAGAGCUAGGACUGUCCACCCCACCCUAGGAGCGCGGCGCACAGUUCAGCCUCUGAGCAGGCUCCCAUGUGCCAUCCCCACCCCGGCGCUCCAGGGAAGGAAAACACAGCCCCCGCGUGGGAGGUCCUCGGGCAGCAGUGGCUCCUGUUGUCAGGUCUGUCCGGCUGAGUCCCGGGCGUCCCCUGCCAUGGCCUGUGCCUUGCAUGGAGGCAGUGGUGGCACUGAAGAGAUAGCUUUCAAGGGCCCAACACUUUGCACUUCCGCUGUUUCUGCUUUGUAGGUUGUGGUCACAUUUGCAGGCUGCGGGCAGUGGCACCGACCUUGGCCUCCCUUUCUGUGUGGCGUAUUUAUUUAUUUAAACACCCCGGGGAGUUACAUGGUAAUGAGGUUGUCCAUAAAGAGGUUGCUUCUAUACUAGAGGCCCCAGAUGGCCAGGCGUUGGGCUACGUCCAGCUUGCAUGGUCUCCCGAGGGAAUCAGCCCCAUCAACGAAGUUCAAAUCAGGGCAGAGGCUGCACUUGUGCCUCCAGAUGUUUGAGGAGCCGCACUAGGGCUGGCGUUGCUGUAGAGUGAUGGCUGCUGCCCAGAGCUUGUCCCAGACAUCACAGCGGGGCUCAGCAGUUCCCACAGCCUCUGCCUGCCUUGGCUAAGCACGAGUUGAGCAGCAAAAUGCUCCUCCGUGUCUGGAUGGGGCCGGCAGGUCCUGUGUCCCCUGCACCUGGAGGAGAGCAGGCUAGAGGCACGGUGGCCGCUUGGUGCUGGCUCUGAACGUUGGUUGGUGGCUGGAAAACAGCCCUGCCUUCUGGAUGCCUCUGAGGGCCGCUCAGUUCUGCACACGAAACGCCUCGCGAGGGCUCAGCUCUGCCUCCGCCCUGGGCUGCAGCCUCUGCACGCAAGCGCCAGGCAUCUUUUGUGUUGUCAACUCCGUGUAACCAGUAACUACAGCCAUUUACAAUUGACUCCGUUUCCUUUUGGAGGUUCCCUGUCUUUCUUUGUUCUUUGUAUGAUUGAUUUUGUUAGUAGAAAAAUAAAAUGCUAUGAAAUCUCA